GCUAGCAUCGGACUUGACAGCCAAAACCAGCUAGGUGUUGCGGCUACAGUACUUGCCAGAAUUCAUGAUCGAGCUCGGCGUAACUUGACGUUGAAUGUUGAGCCAAUGGCUCACUUGGACAUCUCAGUUGACCAUGAAACCCCGAGACCCGCCAGCGAACAUAGCAUAGCUUCGGGCCUGAAUGCCAGCACAUUUAGUGCACGCGCGGCCUUGACAACCUCAUCAUUCCCCGGCGCUUAACUGUCAACCGUCGAAUGCUGGGAUCAAAACUCGACAUCGACGCUACUCCCUUCCCGUGAGAUCCGACUGACAAUGAGAAGAAAGCUGUGCAGCCGCAUUCUCUCAGGACUGUCUUGUCCUUGACUUUCAUCCAUCUCCUAUCCCAGUCAUGCUGCGAGGAUUCCCAUCCCUUUUUCUCUUGCUUUUCUCCUUGAUCGUCGCACAUGAGUGUGCUUUGUCUGCUGAAACGUUUUGGCCUGCAGCUGUUCCGUUGGCUGUACGUUCUCCGUACUUCAGUGCAUGGCAGAGCACUACCAAUGGCACCGAUGUAACGGAUGAAUGGCCGACAUUCUGGGACGUCUCGGGCAGCACCAAUAAUAUCCUCGGAUGGGCAGGUCAUGUCCGCAUCGACGGAGACACCUACAGAUGGCUGGGAGGGUUUCCCGGCCCUACAGCCACCACUCUUACGUCCAUUCAGGUCACACCCACACGGACAAUAUACUCUGUCCGGGCCGGCCCAAUGAACUUGAAUAUUACGUUCCUUACACCAAUAGAGCCGUCGGACUGGGUACGACAAUCAAUCCCAUUCUCUUAUCUUGUGCUUGAGGCACAAUCGAACGAUGGCGAAGCUCACGAUGUGCAGGUGUACUCCGACAUCAGUGCAGAGUGGCUUUCUGGAAAUCGCUCUGCCGUUGUGCAAUGGAGCACGACCCCAACACCUCAAGUCAUUUACCACACAGCCGAACUCGAGAGUCCAUCAUCAUUUACUGAGAUCAACGAUCAGGCGAGUGACGGAAGGGUUUACUACGCCAUGGCCGCUAGUUCCACAGUCACGUACCAAACUGGCCAAGACGUGGUUUGUCGAGGACAAUUCAGCAACAAUGGAUAUCUGGAGAACAGCGCAGAUCCGGAUUUCCGUGCAAUUUCUGAGUAAUAUGGCUAGCAUUCCAGAUAUUGACGGGUGGGAAGCUGACGUGAGUCCCACAGUGAUUAUCCCGUAUUCGCGUUCUCCGUAAACCUUGAAAACAUCACGUCCACUCCAUCCCCCAUAGUAUGGUCGAUCGGUUACGUCCGUGAUCCUUCGAUCGAAUACACCACAUCCACCGGCGAGACUCAGCUCCGCAGACCUUACUACGUCACUCAGUAC